UAUGGUUUAUACGUGGACUGCACCUCCUUUUGAAAAUUAGUCUAGACUUCCAUAGGUCCGAAAUACUUUUGCUACUAUUAACUGCAAUACGAUGCAAAUUCGAAGCCUUAACAUAUCUCAAAGAGACCUCAAGAACUUCUUGACUCGCUCAAAAGCAUCACCCCAUUUGGGGGAAAAGAUAAUUAAUGCAUAAACAUAUAUCGACAUAAUACAUGUCAAUAUGUCAUGGUAACAAUAAGCUAGUAAUGUUCAUCUCUCAAGUACUCCAUUAAUUUGAAUGUUUUACGUUGGAGUUUUGGUGUAGUUAUUUUUCAAUCUUAACCUUAUUUUGAAUUUAAAACUAUGAAUUUUUAUAUUGGACAAGUAACAAGUUAAACUGUCAGAAAACUGGUAUUUUCUUAUGGAUUGUUCAUAUUAAAUUGUUUGUCCGGUUGGCUUUAACAUGGAUGGCCUAGGUUUGGUUAUAAAAUUCAUAAGAUAUCAUCAUUCAUAAUUCAUGAAGGAAAGUGAUUUCAUCAAUCUCUUAUUUUAAAGAAAUGUAUCGUUGACUUACAUUUUCUUUAGGUAAUUAAAUACUAAGAUCCAAAUCCCAUUAAUUUCUAAAAUUUAAAAAUGAUUUCAAAAUACACUCUUCUUGGUGUACGAAAAAUAUAUAUAAAAAUGAAAACUAAAUAAAUUCUCAUCUGUCGCCAUCAAUGGUCCAACCUGUAAUUCUCUUCAUCAUCACUCUGUCUCAUAAAUAUUCAAAUAACUUUGAGCUCAAAAACUCUCUUUCUCUUCUUUCAAAACUUUGAGCUCAAACUUUGGUUAGUUCCUAUCUCCUAUCUCCUUCACAUGAACAUGACUUUCAUUACCACUUCAUCACCACCACCAUUAAUACCUCUCAAACCAUACACAAGCUUCGAUAUAACAAGCAAAGUCAGCCCAGACGUCCUCCUAGUAAUCAUAAUCCUCUCCAUCAUCUUCUUCAUCUCCGGUCUCAUCCAUAUCCUCGUCAAGUUCCUCCUCACACCAUCACUUCAAAACAGAGAUGAUUACUUCGACAACAACCACGUCACAGCUUUUCAAGGACAGCUUCAACAACUUUUCAACCUCCAUGAUUCAGGCCUCGACCAAUCACUAAUUGACAAGUUACCUGUCUUCCAUUACAAAUCCAUCAUUGGUCUGAAGAUUACAUCUUUCGACUGUCCUGUUUGUCUCUGCGAGUUCGAAGCAGAGGACAAGCUCAGGCUCUUGCCUAAAUGUAGCCACGCCUUUCACGUUGACUGUAUAGACACGUGGCUUCUCUCUCACUCGACAUGUCCUCUUUGCAGAUCCAAUCUCCUCCUCUCUGAUUUCUCGACUCACCACAGUCUAAGCUCCUCGUAUCUCCUUGUUCUUGAGUCGGGAACUGAUCGACGCUCGAGAGACAUGGUUCCUGUUCCUGAGGCUAAUGAUUAUGGGUCGACCCGUUUUGGGUCGGGUCGUAAACCAUGCGACCCGGAUGGUGAUUUGGUUGUUCCUUUAGAAGUUAAGCUAGGGAAGUUUAGGAACAUAGAUCAUGUUGGUGACGGAAGUGACAAUAUCAUUAGUGGUAAUAGUAAUGUAGAUGUUAGGAGGUGUUUUUCAAUGGGGUCAUAUGAGUAUAUUGUGGACCAAGAAGCUACACUUAAAGUCCACGUUCCGACCAAGAAACAAUUCGACAAAGACGGUCGUUUCCCUGGCCAGAGAGCAGUUAUGUCCGAAUACGGUUUUGAUCCUACGGUUAAGGGAAUUGGGAAGAGUGUUGUGGAAAGAGAGAGCUUUUCUUUGUCUAAAAUUUGGCUAAGGGGUAAAAAGGAGAAGCAAAAGGGUACUAGUGUUAGAGUUCAGGAAUGUUCUUCGUUGUCUUCCUCUUCUAUCCAAUUUCAGAACCAAAUGAAUCCUGCCAAGACCAAGAAUGGGAUCGUUAUUGAUGAAGAGAAUCAAAAGAGCGAAAAUUCUGAAUCUUUGGAGACGAAAACCCCAUCUUUUGCUAGGAGGACCAUGCUUUGGCUUGCAGGGAGACAAACCAAGGCUGUUCAUCCUUCUACAUCUAAUGUGUAGUUUUUUUUUCUUAUUUGAGUUUUACUCUUACUUUACAAGUGUGUGUGUGUGUGAAAAUUUAUGAGUUUUUUUAGAGAGGAAGUUGAUGAAUAGUGGGGUAUCAAUUAAUAUAUGUAGGGUUAUAACUUCUAAGGCACAUUGAGAAUUUGGUUUGUCUGUGGUGCCACCCGUUGUUCUAAUUCUUAAUAUUUCUUUCUUAUAACAUGAUUUUUCUCAUAAAA